UCAGCGGUUCCUGAGUUGAGGCUCGGAGCUGUAAAUUGCUCAGAAUGGUUGCUGAAGUAGACUCGACCUCUGUAGGCAGUGGUGUUAGGCUGAAGCAGGAGAUUUCCCUCCUCCAUGGGGUCUGCCUCAUCGUGGGAAACAUGAUCGGCUCUGGAAUCUUCGUCUCACCUAAGGGAGUUCUCAUGUACACGGGCUCUUAUGGCUUGUCUCUGGUAGUGUGGGCCGUCGGUGGCCUGUUCUCUGUGUUUGGAGCGUUAUGCUACGCCGAGCUAGGUACCACCAUACGUAAAUCUGGAGCUUCCUACGCCUACAUUCUGGAAGCCUUUGGAGGCUUCUUGGCUUUUAUUCGAUUGUGGACGUCCCUGUUGAUAGUUGAACCAGCCUGUCAGGCGGUGAUCGCCUUGACCUUCGCCAACUACAUGGUCCAGCCAUUCUAUCCCACCUGUCUAGCCCCUUAUUAUGCCGUCCGCCUUUUUGCUGCUGCCAUCAUAUGUUUGCUCACUGCUGUGAACUGCAUGAAAGUAAAAUGGGGUGCGAUCCUUCAGGUCAUCUCCACUGUAGCCAAAGUCCUCGCUCUUAUCGUCAUCAUCAUCACUGGCCUGGUUAAGCUGGCUCAAGGUUUUGACCAGAACUUUGAGGACUCGUUCAAACACUCUAAGCUGGACCCAGGUGAUAUGGCUUUAGCCCUUUAUUCAGCGCUUUACUCCUACUCUGGCUGGGACACGCUCAACUUUAUUACAGAGGAGAUCAAGAACCCAGAGAGGAACCUGCCCUUGUCCAUUGCGAUUUCCAUGCCCAUCGUCACGGUAAUCUACAUCUUGACCAAUAUAGCUUACUACGUUGUCAUGGAUGCAGACACCGUGCUCAGCAGUGAAGCUGUUGCUGUGACAUUUGCAGACGAGGUGCUGGGUUGGGCGCGAUGGCUGAUCCCCAUUUCCGUGGCCAUUUCCUGUUACGGAGGCCUCAACUCCUCCAUCAUCGCUGCCUCAAGGUUGUUUUUUGUUGGAUCGAGGGAAGGCCACCUUCCUAAUGUCCUCUGCAUGAUCCACAUUAAGCGCUACACUCCAAUUCCAGCUCUGCUUUUUAAUGGUGCCAUGUCUCUGUUCUACCUGUCUGUGCCCGAUGUCUUCCAGUUGAUCAACUACUUCAGUUUUAAUUACUGGCUCUUCAUCGGCAUGUCGAUAGCCAGUCAGAUCUACCUUCGCUUCAAAGCUCCAGAUAUGCCGCGACCUAUUAAGCUCUCCUUGUUCUUCCCGAUAGUUUACUGCAUCUGCAGCGUUUUCCUGGUGGUGGUUCCCCUCUACAGCGACACAGUCAACUCUCUUGUCGGGAUCGCUGUUGCUCUCUCUGGCGCACCGAUCUACUUCAUCUGCGUUCAUCUACCGCCGUCAUCCAGACCUGCCUUCCUCGGCAAAAUGCUCGAUAAGAUUUCUCUGUUCACCCAGAAGCUCUGCAUGUGCUGCGUGGCCUCCCCAGAUAUCGAUCUGGACAACAUAGACCCUGAAAAGAUCGAAUGAUCGAACGAAAACAAAGGGCUCCGUGGGAAGAACCGCACAGAACGACGAUGAAAGCUGUGAGCUUCAGACCACCUGGGUUUGGAGGAUUAUUGUCUGGACGUAUGGAGAAAAAGCAAAGCUGGAGCUCUUCCCAUCACGUUACAAACCAGCACGUGCUCGAACACAACGCUGCUUCCUCCGCACGUGCCGAAGGUUGCAGCUGUGGGGGUUUGUCUGUGAUUAAGAAAUUACCGUUGCCUAAAUAAAUGGCAGCAACAAAGUGAGCCUUUUUUUUUGUUUGUUUGUUUGUUUACCUCUUGGUGGCACUCGAAGAGCAGCAGAAUUUUUGCACAUCUUUGUUUUUGUCCGUUUGUAGGAAGUUUUAUUCCGAUGUUACUGAAGGACCAAAUAUACACGU